AUGACUAGGACUGAAGAAGUAAACAAAAAGGAAGAUCUUAAAGUGAACAAAGGAGUAUUCAUUAAAUAGCAUGAUAAGUCAAGCAAGUUCUCUGAUGUAUACAUUCUGGACGAAAAUGUUUUAGGAUCAGGUGGCUAUGGUUAUGUUUAAAAAUGCUAGCAUAAGGUUUCUAAGUAAUAGAGAGCAGUUAAGAUUAUGAAGAAGUUGAACAUACAGAAAUAAGAGCAUAUUAGAUUGCAGUAUGAAAUCGAGAUAUUAAAGAACUUGGAUCAUCCAAAUAUCCUUCGUCUAUAUGAAGUAUUCGAAGACAAAAAGCAGUAUUACUUGGUUACAGAACUUUGCCAGGGUGGUGAGUUGUUCGAUGAGAUUGUUUCAAGAGGCAAAUUCGAAGAAAAAGAUGCAGCGCACAUAUUAAAGCAACUGCUAUCUGCAAUAAAUUAUUGCCAUAAAAAGAGUGUAUGCCACAGAGAUUUAAAACCAGAAAAUCUCCUAAUUGAUGACAGCGAAAAUAUGACAAUCAAAGUAAUUGAUUUUGGAACUUCAUAAGUCUAUGCAAGUGAAGAGAAGAUGGAACUUGUCCUCGGAACAGCUUAUUACAUAGCCCCUGAAGUGCUUCUAGGCAAAUAUGACCAGAAGUGUGAUAUAUGGAGCAUAGGAGUUAUUUUGUAUAUUCUUCUCAGUGGAGAGCCACCUUUCCCAGGAAACUCGGAUGCUGAAAUAAUCAAAAAAGUAAAGGCUGGAAAAUAUUACUUCACAAGGCCUGCUUGGAAAAACAGAUCAAAUUUAGCAAAGUAAUUCAUUUCAAAACUCAUGAAUGUGGACCCAAAUGAAAGACUAACUGCUGAAUAAGCUUUACAAGAUCCAUGGAUUCUACACAAAGCUCCAGAGCUUCAAGACCUAAAGUCAUUUGAAGCAACAAGUGAGGCUUUAUAAAAUCUAUAAAAAUUCAGAGCUGAAUAAAAACUUCAACAAGCUGCUUUAACUUUCAUUGUUUGCCAGUUAUCAAACAAAGAGGAACAAGAUAGACUCUAUCAAUCAUUUAAAGCACUUGAUAAAAAUUCAGAUGGCAAGAUUUCGAGAGAAGAGCUCAUUGAUGGCUAUAAGAAAAUCUAUGAGCAUAUGUCGGAGGAAGCUAUAAUAGAAGAAGCUGAUAGAUUAUUCAAGAUUGCAGAUGCUGAUGGUAAUGGAGAGAUUGACUAUUCUGAGUGGCAAAUAGCUACCAUUAAUAAGUACGAUGUACUCCAGGAAGAAAAACUUUAGAAUGCUUUUAAGCUCUUCGAUAAAGUAUUAUAUCUAAUUUUCUACCAGGUUUAAACAUAAUUAUAGGAUGGCAGUGGCUCGAUAUCUGCAACCGAGAUAAAAGAUGUCCUUGGAGUAGGAAAGAAGUUCGGUAAUGAUAAAGUCUGGGAAGACAUUAUCAAAGAAGUAGAUAUUAAUGGAGAUGGCGUGAUCUCUUACGAUGAGUUUAAAAUAAUGAUGACUAAGUUCUUAAACAACGAAAUUACUGUCAUUCAAAAAGACCCAGCAAAUAUAACAGAAAAUGAUCACUGA